AUGAACGGCCACUUCGCCGCGGUCGGCGACGAGCCGGCUGCUGAACAAUAUGACCAUGGCGUCCAAGUCAUCGACGAGGACAAGCAGUACAACUCCAACCUGAGCCACUAUCUCUCCGGCACCCAGGUAGCCAACGCUGGCUUCAACUAUCACCUUAUCUCCGUCUUUGGCUCCCAGUCCACCGGAAAGUCGACCCUGUUGAACAACCUGUUUGGCACCGACUUCAGUGUCAUGUCCGAGACGGAACGCCGUCAAACCACAAAAGGAAUAUGGAUGUCUAAGAACAAGAAAGAAAGCACGGCCGAUGGCUCCGUCAAGCUUGCGGACAACAUCCUGGUCAUGGACGUCGAGGGUACCGACGGCCGUGAGAGGGGCGAAGACCAAGAUUUCGAGAGGAAGAGCGCCCUGUUCGCCCUGGCAACGAGCGAGGUCCUGAUUGUCAAUAUUUGGGAGCAUCAGGUUGGUCUGUACCAGGGUGCAAACAUGGGCCUCCUCAAGACCGUCUUUGAGGUCAAUCUGCAGCUCUUCCUCAAAGACAAGCAGUCAACGCCCAGAUCUCUGCUCUUCUUCGUCAUCCGCGAUCACCUGGGAACUACCCCCCUCGCGAACCUUCGCAACACGCUGGUCCAGGAUCUCACCAAGAUCUGGACCUCGCUGUCCAAACCUCCGGGGCUUGAGGAGUCCAAGAUCGAGGACUACUUCGACUUCGCUUUCGCGGCUCUGCCCCACAAGAUCUUGCAGCCCGACAAGUUCGUAGCAGAGGUCGACAAUCUGGGCAAGAGGUUCGUGGCAGGGCAUCGCUCAACCAAGGAUCAGGAAUUCGACGGCGGGGUAUUCCUAGCAGAAUACCACCGCAGGAUUCCUGCCGACGGCUUCCCCGUGUAUGCGGAGGGCAUCUGGGACCAGAUCGUCAACAACAAGGACCUCGAUCUGCCGACUCAACAGGAGUUGCUUGCUCAGUUCCGUUGCGACGAGAUUGCCCGGGAGGUCCUGACCUCUUUCGACGCCGCAGUCGCGCCCCUCGAAGAGCAGCAAGCAGAGGCAGUCCGUGUGGGCAAGCCGACGGUACUGCCAGACCUGGGCGCAACCGGCAAGGCUUCUCGGGAGAAGACCACCAGGGCAUUUGAGACACAAGCGAGCCGAUAUCACAAAGGGGUCUACAAGAGGAAGCACGUUGAGCUCGAAGAGAAGAUUGAUUCGCGUCUGAAGGCACUAUAUCAUGGCCAGCUCACUGCAGCUCACAAGGCCGGCGUCGCCGCUUUCACAGACGCCGUCACGAACGCCGUCAAGGCCGGCCAGAAGGCUGGUGGCCAUUACGAAUUUGCCGAGAUUGUCGAAAAGCAGAAGAGGAAGACCCUGGACAUCUACAAGAAGGAGGCGCAGAGCCUGGCCAUCGAAGGCGUUCCGUGGACCAACUUCAAGCCGCAAUACUUGAUGUUCGGUAAGGAGCUGGAUGAAGUCGGCGCAAGACUGAGGAAAGAGGAGAUGCGUCGUCUGGCCACUCGCGUCGAACGCUGGGUCAAGUCUCGUCUCGGCGACGCUGUCGGCCUGGAGUUCAACAAAAUCGGCUCUGGGCGUGGCGGCUCGGGCGCUCCAGAGGACGGAGAGAAACCAACCACUGAGAAGGAUUUGUGGGAUCGCAUCUGGCGCGUUUUCGUCUCCAUUGUCAAUGAGGCACAAGAUCGUUUCAAGGACCGGGCCAAGAACCUGGAGGCCACCGACGAAGAGGUCGAGAUCGGGCUUUGGAGGCUGCGCCGCAAGAGCUGGGUGGCACUGCGCGAGAAGGUCGAGGAGGAGGUGAUGGAAGGCAAUAUUCUCCUCAAGCUACGUGAGAACUUUGAGGACAAGUUCCGUUACGAUGAGUCAGGUGUCCCCAGGAUCUGGCGCCCCAGUGACGAUAUCGAGGGUAUCUAUACUCGUGCCCGCGAGUCGACCCUUGUCCUCAUCCCGCUCCUUUCGAGGUUCAGGCUGUCAGAGACGUAUGGCCCACCCGACCUGCCUGCGUUCAUCGGCAACCAGCCUGCCGGGGUCGAGCCCGGGGACGAAGAAGAUCUCUCUCCGAUCGGCGGCGUCGACGAGGAGGAAGGCAAGAGCCUCGAGGAGGAAAUGACGGUGCUCAGCGAGAGCAAGAGGCAGGAUCUCGUGAUCCGCUUCAAGAAGACAGCCGAUGGCGUCUACGUGGAGGCGAAGCGCAGUGCUCUGGGUGGUAUGACGCAGAUACCUCUUUAUUUCUACGUGGUCCUUUUGGUGCUCGGGUGGAACGAGAUAUGGAUGGUCCUGCGCAACCCCGUCCUGUUCAUAUUGCUGUGCCUCACCGCAGGCGGCACGUAUCUUGCAUACAACCUGAACCUUCUAGGACCCAUGAUGCAGAUGAGCAAUGCUGCUACCAACCAGGCCGUCGAGAUUGGGAAGCAGAAGCUUCGGGAUUUUCUGGAAAGCAACGAGACGGCAAGGUCGGCACUGGCCAUGCCACCCCGGAAGGACACCGACUCGAUCAGCUUGGAAACGCUCGACUCAAAGGGGAAGCGACGGGAUAAGGAUGAGGAUGAGGACGACAUUUGA